AUUUUGACUGGGUGAGGUUUUUCUUCCAAACCUUUGUGUGUGUGAUUUCCUGAAGGAGUGGGGCUUCUGCAGGCUCAGUCCUUGCCAUGGAGAAAAGGGAGAGAGGAUUCUCAGCAGCCAUUUUGACUGGGUUUGUAUGGCUUGAAAAACUGCAUGGAAAAUUGGCGUAUCUUUAUGUGGGCAGACUGUUGAACUUUGCCUGCUAUGUAGCUGUUGAAAGCAAGGACUAGCCUCACAAGGGUUCAAGCAGCUGGAAUGGACGCUUAAAGCUACACUAUUAGGAUGACCAGUCUAAAUGCAGAAGAAAACAAAUCCCCGGAUCCAGAAACGCUGUUGCAGUGUCCCUAUGACAAGAACCACCAGAUCAGAGCCUGCAGGUUCCCUUAUCAUUUGGUGAAGUGCAGGAAGAACAACCAGACUGUUGCCAAACAACUAGUAGCAUGCCCCUAUAAUGCCCGUCACAGAAUACCUAAGGAGGAGUUCAAUUCACACAUUGAAACUUGUGAAAAUAAAGUUUCCAUAGAACCAUGUGAAGCUGCAGCAAACAAACGCCUAAAGGAAGGAAACAAGGAAAAGACAGCCUGGCAAUGCCCCCCUCCAAAGGAAGACUGGGAGGCUGAUGCUGAAGAAGCUCCUGCUCGUCCUUUUGUGUUUGGUGCCAGGCAUGCCGGGAAAUCGCACAAAAAGAAGAAUUCAAGACUAAUUUUUAAAGUAACUGCAGCAGACCUUUUAAACCAACUUUUUAAAAUUGCCUUUUAAAACCAUCAGUUCCAGUUUUAAAAUAAAUUGUUGCCUGCCUGCAGUGUUAUUUCUUUAAAUCCUGUCUUCUCUUCCAAGGACUCAGGGCCACAAGCAUGGUCCUAUAGUCCUCCAGCCACCAACCUUCAUCUCCUACAUAUGUUCUUCCGCAACCAUAGUUAGAACUGAACUGCUCAC